GGUAAUUCGGUAUUAAUAAUAAUAAUAAUAAUAAUAAUUAAUAAUACAUUAAUACUGCAAAAAAUCUAUAGUGGUUAACAACUAAUAAAGAUUAAAAAAUAAAUAAUAAAAAAAUAAAGAUUACUGAUUAGUACGCCAUAUUAUACCAUCCAACUAUGCUCCAAGGUCACAGGUGUACUMAUAAAUCGCGAACGUGUCAUAAAAUCAAACGGCAUUCAAACCGCUCAUGUGAUGGUCGCCUGGUCGUGACACAGCGAAUCGAUUGUCGUAUGUGCUGCACUACGAUCGCCGAGGUGCCGUCCAACCAUAGAUAAUAAAUACAUAAUUAUCGUCUAUGCGUCCAACCGUGUCGGCCGACCGUUGCCAGUCGUACUGAGUCGUCGGGGUCAGCCUCUUGAGUCGGUAGUGCUACAACUCGUUUUGCGCCGACGACGGCUGAAAGGCAGCGCUGUUAUCGAUGUUGUUGCAGCCUCGGCCCUCGAGCCCUCGUGACCGGCAGUCGGUCAAUGUUCAUUGUUACACGAUCGUUCGGCCGAUGGCGGUCGCCGCCCGUGUUGUCGAUCAUUCGCCACCGCAUCUCCGAUCACAGCCGUCCGUCGCCCCAGUCGAUUAUCAGUAGACUCUGCGGCACUAAACCUCACACACGUUCCAGGAUGUCGUUGCCCCGUCUGCCCGCCGUCAGUUUCGUCUCGCCCAGAGUGCUGCGGGUGUUGGGAUGCAAUCCCAGUUUCAUGACGCUACAGGGUACGAAUACUUAUGUGGUUGGCACGGGUCAGCGACGUAUUUUAAUUGAUGCCGGGGAGCCAAAUUUUCCAGAAUAUAUAAAAAAUCUUCGAGAAACGAUGAUAAAGUAUAAUUUUCAGCUUGAUCAUGUUAUAAUAUCACAUUGGCACUCAGAUCAUAUUGGUGGGGUAAAAAAUGUGUUGGACAUGAUUGAUAAUAAAAAUGAAUGUAAAGUUUGGAAGUUCAAUCCAAAAAUAGGCAAAAAACAUGAAUACAACUUUCCAUUAAAUUUUGUUGAAGAUAAACAAAAGUUUCAUGUUGAAGGUGCUACAUUAAUAAUUCAUCAUACACCUGGACAUACAACUGAUCAUAUAGUUAUAUUUUUGGAAGAAGAUAAUGCAUUGUUUUCUGCUGAUUGUGUGCUUGGAGAGGGAACUACUGUAUUUGAAGAUCUAACAGAAUAUUUAAAAUCAUUACAAUUGAUUUUAGACUUAGAUCCAACUGUUAUAUUUCCUGGUCACGGCUCUGUUAUAAAAGAUCCAAUUGUUCGAGUAAAUAAUUACAUUAAACAUAGAUUAGAAAGAGAAGUAGAAUUGUAUAASUUGAUCAAUAAAAGUCCAUCCAGAUCAUUGUCUGUAGAAGAAAUUGUAAAUGAAAUGUAUAAGGUUAUUCCCAAUGAUUACAAGAAAGUAGCAUUGUAUAUUGUAAAAAAUCAUCUUGCUAAAUUAUUGAAAGAUGGAAAAGUGAUUCUAAUUGACAAUAAAUGGAAAAUCAAAGAACAAUGAAAUGUGCAAUUAAAUAUUUUUUUAAUUUAUAUUAUUAUAAAUUAAGGUGUUAACAAAAUUUAAAAAAAAAACUUGUUGUAAUAGUGAUAAACUUGUUUAAAUUUUAAAUUUGUAUAAGAUAACAGUUAAGACUAGAGAUCGAAUUAUAUGGAAUAAAGGUGUAUAAAAUAGGGCGCAUGUAAACUUCACCGAUUG